AUGGACCCCGAGCGAAGAAGGCGUCGCGACGAAGCCAGUAUCCCGAUCGCUGUACGGGAGGCCAUCCAGGCCUUUGUCCCCGAAGCUGGAACGAAGAUAUUACGCGCCAAGCCGAGUGAGACGUCGUUCGUCUACUACUGGGGUGUCCGCGUCGGCAGCACGGCCGACACCAACACGCACUUGCUGUGUGGAUGUGGGAAGACGUCAAAAGUGACGCUUCAUCUAAGCAAGGCACACGACGUUGGCUCCGACAAAACCGCCAGCGAGGAGGGCAGGAAAAGAACCCGCGACGAAGAUCUUGCCGUUUUGAAGAGGAGUCCACUCCGCGAUGAUCCUGGCCGCGCGUUCGUCUUACUGGAGACACUGCGCAUCGUGAACAACAACCUUCCAUUCAGAAUUGGAGAGUACGAAAAGUCGCUGAUAAUCCGCGACUUAAUGCUCAAGGAGGAGGCUCGUGUAGCAUUAAACGCCAAGGUCAUCCGCCAUUCUGUCGUGGAACUCUACGAUGCGACAAAGCGUCAAGUCCAAGCGAUGCUGACAGAAAGCAGGAUCGGUUCAGCAAAAAGCUAUUCUGUCGUUGCAGACUUCAGGACGGCGUCCGCGAUGAAUACCAAUUUUUUGGGAUUGAGACUCUAUCUAGUGGACUCGUCGUACCGGUUCAAAUCCGUGUUACUAGGGACCCAACAUUUUGCCCCGCAGUAUGGCGAACGUGAUGGCGGAAUGCGAGGUCCAUUCUAUCGCUGGAUUGGGGAUGUAUUAGAGGACUUUAGACUUAGUCGUCACGACCUCUUUGGGUCUACCAGCGACGAUGGACCCGAUGUCAAAUGGAUGAUGAGGUCAGGGCUCAAAUUGGGCUGGGAAUGGUGCGUACCGCACUUUACACAUGCGGCGACCAAGACCGCAUUUGGCAUCGUUGCGGAGAGCGGUUCAUCGAAGAACCCAGCGAUGACGGACAUGCUUCGACGCAUCGUCAAAACGGUGUACCAGACACAUCAUGUGGUAGUGAUGGGCACUCUCUUUUCGGAGCUUUGCAGUGUUAUGACCGACGAGGAUGUGAACGCGCGCCAACUUCUCAACUUCAAGAUUCAUCUUUUUUUGGGACUUGCUCGCGUUUUCCGACGUAUACUCCUACUCUGUCCACUGGCCGCAUGGCCGGAAGAGCUGUCCAAUCUGGCGACAACAACUCGGGAACUUCUCCAUAAAGCUUUUCAUCGUGUCUUUUUCCGGCGAUACACUGACCGCGAGGUAAUGAAUUCAUGCUCCUACGGGUUCGAGAUGCAGCUACUUCUUCACCCUAACUUCAAGAAUCCAGUCGGAGCGCUAAAGAAGGUAAUUCUAAUGUCUAAUUUGCAAGCCGGCGCAUCGCAACAGGUGGCAGAUCGCCACUUCAUUAAGGUUCGCCGUAAGAUCAUCGACGGUGUCCGCAGAAUUAUGGAGGCAGUGGACACUCAGCCAACACCUCCCGGAAUCGUUGCUCCGCCUCCAGUAGCGGUGCUUUCAGGGUAUCUCAUGGAGUUAUUUGCAGAAACGGCAAAUGAGGUGGCACCACCGCCUGUCGACACACAUACGGCAAUGCACGAGCAGCGCAUUGACGAAGAGCUCGACCGUUGGCUUUCGACCCCUACUUCGCUGAAAGUAAUACGUCCCGGUGAGUUUGAGCCCGUCCUGAGCUUCUGGAAGCGUCAACAUGACCAAGGCAAUUUUCGGCAUCUGUCUCUUGUUGCGCGCGUCCUGUUCUCAAUGCCCUCCUCGUCGUCACAAAUUGAGCGCGAUUUCGAGACAGCCGGAAGAAUGGGGACCCCACAACGCAGCUCACUGUCGCCGUAUUACGUCGAUAUGGCCACAAUUUUAAAUUGCAACAGAGACUACGUGGAUAUCACGCAGUGCACGAAGCUUUCUACUAACGCAGCAGCGAAGCGGCUGCCUUCGAAUGUGUUGGUGAACAUGACCCAGGACCUAGAUGACGAGUUUGGCUCUUUGCAGAACAUGUUCUCCGCUGCGAGUAUGGAUCUGGGGCUCUCUGACAAUGAGGAAGGCACUGAAGGCUAG